CGGGAUCCGGGGAAAAGGUAUCAAUCGAAGCACAGAGAUAAACUGAACAUAAACAAACACGCGAAGAACACAGACACCCGCACGCAGCCAAACCCGAGGGCGCAGAGCCACGCGCGACGAGAUCCCCAACCCACCGAGCCAGAGCCGCCGCCGCCGACCAGAUCCGCCGCCCCCCGUAGGCGGCCAACACGGCGGCCGCCAGGAUGCUGCCCGACGGCGGCGGCGACGACGAGGAGCGCUGGCUCGCCGAGGGCAUCGCCGGCGUCCAGCAGAACGCCUUCUACAUGCACCGCGCCCUCGACUCGAACAACCUCAAGGACGCGCUCAAGUACUCGGCGCAGAUGCUCUCGGAGCUGCGCACCUCCAGGCUCUCCCCGCACAAGUACUACGAGCUAUACAUGAGGGCGUUCGACGAGAUGCGGAAGCUGGAGAUGUUCUUCAGGGAGGAGACCCGCCGGGGGAGCUGCUCCGUGGUUGAUCUCUACGAGCUUGUUCAGCAUGCUGGCAACGUAUUGCCGAGACUUUAUCUGCUCUGCACAGUAGGAUCUGUGUACAUUAAAUCGAAAGAGGCUCCCGCUAAAGAUGUUCUGAAAGACCUUGUUGAAAUGUGUCGAGGCAUUCAACAUCCUCUUCGUGGACUUUUCCUAAGAAGUUACCUCUCUCAGAUAAGCCGAGACAAGCUACCUGAUAUUGGUUCAGAGUAUGAAGGGGAUGCUGAUAGCAUUAAUGAUGCAGUUGAAUUUGUUCUUCAGAAUUUCAUAGAAAUGAACAAACUCUGGGUCCGGAUGCAGCAUCAGGGGCCUGUUCGGGAGAAGGACAAGCGGGGGAAGGAAAGAAAUGAACUGCGUGAUCUGGUAGGCAAAAACCUUCACGUUCUAAGCCAAAUCGAAGGCGUUGACCUUGAAAUGUACAAAGAGAAUGUUCUUCCAAGGAUAUCAGAACAGGUAGUUAAUUGUAAGGACGAUCUUGCACAGUUCUACCUGAUGGACUGCAUAAUCCAAGUCUUUCCAGAUGAAUACCAUCUACAGACAUUGGAAACAUUGUUGAGCGCAUUUCCCCAGCUACAGCCAAGUGUUGAUAUCAAAACGGUGCUAUCUCAACUCAUGGACAGAUUGUCAAACUAUGCUGCCACAAGUCCUGAAGUACUGCCGGAGUUUUUGCAAGUUGAAGCUUUUGCGAAGUUCAGCAAUGCUAUUGGAAAGGUGAUAGAAGCUCAAGUUGACAUGCCGGUUGUUGGAGCAGUAACUUUAUAUGUAUCACUCCUCACAUUUACUCUCCGUGUGCAUCCAGAUCGGCUUGAUUAUGUUGACCAAGUGCUGGGUGCAUGCGUGAAGAAACUUUCUGGCAAGGAAAAACUUGAAGAUAGCAGAGCAACAAAGCAAAUUGUUGCACUUCUUAGUGCUCCCCUGGAGAAAUAUAGUAAUAUUGUUACUGCAUUGGAGCUUUCAAAUUAUCCCCGGGUUAUGGAUUAUCUGGAUAAUGCUACAACGAAAGUGAUGGCUCUGGUAAUAAUUCAAAGCAUAAUGAAGAACACAACCUGCAUAUCUACUUCCGACAAGAUCGAGGCUCUUUUUGAUUUGAUUAAGGGCCUUAUAAAAGAUAUGGAUGGGGCUCAAGAUGACGAGCUUGAUGAAGAGGAUUUUAAGGAGGAGCAGAAUUCUGUAGCACGCCUUAUUCACAUGUUGCACAAUGAUGAUCACGACGAGAUGUUGAAGAUCUUAUGUACUGUUCAGAAGCAUAUACUUCAGGGAGGUCCCAAGCGUCUACCUUUCACUGUGCCGUCCUUAGUAUUCUCCGCUCUCAAGUUGGUCAGACGAUUACAAGGUCAAGAUGGAGAUGUCACUGGGGAGGAAGUUCCCGCAACUCCUAAGAAGAUAUUUCAGAUCUUGCAUCAGACCAUUGAAGCACUCCAAUGUAUUCCUUGCCCAGAAUUGUCUCUCAGACUAUAUCUACAAUGCGCAGAGGUAUUCUUGGCGCAACUGAUUGAUUCUUUUUACACUUCUUCCUAUUGUGUGACAGCAUUUCUUAUUCAGGCUGCCAAUGAUUGUGAUUUGGAACCGGUUGCUUAUGAGUUCUUUACUCAAGCAUUCAUCUUAUAUGAAGAAGAAAUAGCGGAUUCUAAGGCUCAAAUUACUGCACUUCACCUAAUAAUUGGAACCCUUCAGCGGAUGAAUAUAUUUGGGGUGGAAAAUAGAGACACCCUCACUCAUAAGACAACAGGGUACUCAGCAAAACUUCUAAAGAAGCCUGAUCAAUGCCGGGCAGUCUAUGCAUGUUCGCACCUUUUCUGGACUGAUGACCAAGAUGGAAUCAUGGAUGGUGAAAGGGUCCUCCUUUGCUUAAAGCGUGCCUUGAGAAUUGCAAAUGCUGCUCAACAAAUGGCCAAUGUAUCAAAGGGAAGCAGCGGAUCUGUCAUUCUAUUCAUUGAAAUUUUGAACAAGUAUCUGUACUUCUUUGAGAAAGGAAUUCCACAAAUCACGAACACUGUCAUCCAAGAUUUGAUCGAACUGAUCAGGACAGAGAAGCAAAAUGACAGCAGUGCAUCUGAUCCAUCUGCCGAAGCUUUCUUUGCAAGCACUCUACGAUACAUCGAAUUCCAGAAGCAGAAAGGUGGAAGCAUAGGAGAAAAGUAUGAACAGAUAAAAGCUUCGUAACUCGAGACAAGUAGGGCAUUGCGACAAGGGGUUUCCAUUUUGUCUGAGAGAAAGCAAGCUCAUUUUUUUGGUGAUGUGUUGAGUAAAAACACAACCUGAUGGUUUCAGCUGCCUCCGACCGGGAGAUGUUUGCACAGUUGUGGUUUCUGAAUCUCAUGCUCAAAUCGGUGCAUGCCCACCCUUUAGCUAUAAUGUUUGGGUUACUUACUACAGUUGAUCAGGUGGUAAUAAGCUGUACUCUUUGGGAAGCUCAGGUCUGUACAGGAUACUUGUGUACCGGAGUGCCAUUGUUGUAUAUUCCUUUUUCUUCUAGUUAUUUCGCAAAGCGUGUGAAUUUUAGGUGGACACUCGGAGUACAUAUUUAUAUUUAUCAGACUUGUGUUUUGAUUAA